CCCGGACCCUGCUUUCACUAUAUCUGGUCUCUCACAGUACACACAACAUGGAAAAGCAAUUAUUUUAGUAAAUGCAAACUGCUAAAUACCUUUUCUCAUCAGAAGUUAGAGCAGUCUUGUGACUUAUUUCAGUGUCCAGCAGAGCACUGGUUAAAGCUUGUAGGAGGAGUUUUCAUUCACCCCUGAUUGUCCUAUGAGGCUGCAGGACCCCUGACCCUCUCUCUGGACAGUGCUGAUUGACCCUGUGCUGAUCACAUGCACUCUUCCAAGAAAGAAAAAAAAAAAAACCUCUCUAGCAGUAUACACCAAACUGAGCAUGUGCAUGCCUAUGGUUCAGUCUGGAGAUAAGUAAUAG